AUGGUUGUGGAGUGCGUUAAGACGUGUGUGAUUCAUGCGUCUGAGAUGGUGGCAAGUUAUGAAAAGGCCCGUGUGAUUGAGCUCCUUAGGGAGUGUUUGGAUUUUGAAGAGCUUUCUGCUAUUCAGUUUUGCCCCAGGGACUUGAUUCGUGUUACUUUUAAGGAUGCCGCGGAUAAAGAGGAUUUUGUGCGUGUUGGGUCAUUAACGUUAGAUGGGCAUGACCUUAGCGUGACCGCUUCUGAUAAGCCGUAUUCGUUUGUUUACGUGCAUUAUUUUCCCGUCGAAGGUGAUGAUGCUUUGAUCCGUGAUGAGCUGGGUAAAUAUGGUGAGGUUAUUAAUAUAAAACAUCAGAGUUUUUCGGGAAUCCCGGGUCUUCUCACGGGGUCUCGCGUUCUUACGAUGGUGUUGUCGGACCCAGUUCCUGCUGAGUUUCGUGUUGAUGACUUCCCUGUGCGGGUGUGGUAUAAAGGUAUCCCUCCGUUUUGUCAGAUUUGUAAGAUCAGUGGUCAUAAGGCGGCGGAUUGCCAGUUUAACGGAAAGUGUAGGAGGUGUGGCUCCCCGACCACAAGGCGCAUCGUGCACCCGGCCGUGGGGGCAGCCUGCUGUUCCAAUGGAGGUUGCGGUUCCUGUGGUGCCUGA